AAGAAAUUCUAACAAAUACGUAAGCAAGCACAUUAUACAUAAAAAAUGAAAAACAAAACUAUUUUGCUUACAAUAGUUGCUUUUAAACUUGCUUCGUACUUAACUUCUGCUCAAAACAUAUUAAGAGAUCCAUGGUUAUCUGAUGAUAAUGAGGAUUUUGAUUUAUACGAUAUAAUUACUAUGGCCGAGGCAAGUCUUGGCACGGAUCCUUAUGAAAUGACAGACGAAGAACGGGAGGAAGUUGUUCAUUUACACAAUGUCUAUAGAGGUAACUUCACUGGUCCGAUAGCUUCAGGUUCAGAUGUACAAUAUAUGGAGUACAAUAUGACUCUAGAACAUUCCGCGAAAUUGUACGCGAGUAUUUGUCAAUGGAAGCAUGGCAGACACCCUAAUGAUAGCAUAGGUGAGAAAGCUGGCCAGAAUUUGUACAAAGGUCCUAGUCGUAACCUUGGGAGAGCACUUUAUUUAUACUAUAUGGAAUAUCCCUUGUACAGUUACGAAAAUCAUGACUGCAUCAAUCACAAAAUGUGUGAUCAUUUCAUAGUCAUGAUGUGGGGACUAACAAACCAAAUUGGAUGUGCUCGAGUUAAGUGCCAUCAACUUAAAGGUAAUAUUUUGUCAGCAUGCCACUACUGGCCAAGGGGAAAUAUGCGGGGAUCUGCUGAAAUGAAGGUAUAUCAGAUUGGCCGUCCAUGUUCUAGAAAUCCUAGGGGUGAUGGUAAUUUAUGCCAUAAAAAUCUCUGCGUCAACAAAACGUUGAGCAAAAAGUACAAUCUAGACACGACGUGUGAAUCCUUUUGCCAAAACUGCGCCGUUAACAACAUCAAAAAGUGCACUUGUGAAUGCAAAGUUGGCUGGGACUGGAACGAUUGUGCAGAACCAUGCGCAGACCUUUCUAUACCUCUUACGAAAGGUUCAGAACCCAGAUGUAGAGUGUAUUACAGAUGGGAUAUAUGCCCAGACUUCUGGUACAACAUGUGGUGUAGAAAACAUUGUCUUGAGUGCAAAGUCAUAGAUCCAAAGAAACCUCCACCCGAAGAUCAAAUGUGUUGUGGUGGUAAAAUGUGUGAUAGGUUUUAUGUCCUUAACUAUAAGUGUGAAUGCGAGCUGUUAUGUCCAUCAAAGGCAUGUAUAUUUAAUAUUACAGAAAUAAAACAAGCUGGUUCAUAUGGAUCUAAGCAAAGCUGCGAAAGACUUCUUAUAAUAAUAACUUUAUUUGUUUGUCAUAUUUUCAAGAUAUCUGUGCUCUAUUAGAACUGCAUUUUGUAAAAGAUUAUUUCGAAUAAUUUUAUUUGCUUAUUAAGA